GCCUUUUCGACCAAUAACAGAAACGGACGGCCUGCGUCAGUGCAUUACCACCCCCCCUCUCUCCGUUCCAAAUCCACGCUGUCAGGAGAAAGGCAUCGCCGCCGUGCGCUUUUUUCCGACCGUCAGUAAUCUAAUCUAUUUCAAUCAUUUGUGGACCGUGAUAAAAGAUAGACAUUUAUCAGAUUAUUCCUGGUGAGGAUCCGAAAAACUUGGAAAAGCUCCCAGUGGGUGAGGCUGAGUGUGUGUGGACGAGAGGAAAAUUAUAUUUUUUUCGAUUCACCAUUGUUUGCUGAUUUUUUUUCGUUUUUCUCUGAUUCGUGGAGGAAAAUUCUUUUUCGUCGGAAAAUCACGUUACUUUGGCUGAUCUUUGAAGACGCGCGGUCGCGAUCCAGAGCAAAAAAAAAGUGAACUCAAGUGUGUGUGUGUGUGUGGACCGAGCGACGUGACCAGAGGAAAAUUCUUCUUCGGUGGGAAAACAGAAGAAAAUCGUACCAUUUUUCGCCUUUUGAGCACCGGGACGCGAGCGUGCCUUUUCCCAAGUUCGUUGUGAUCGUCGUGGAAAAAUUCGUCGGCGUGGAAAAAUGAAAUUAUGAUAAAAUAUUUGCCAGUGAAAUAGGACCAUCGUUGUUCGGGUGGUUUUUCCAGAAUUUUCCCCUUUUUUCUGUUUGGUGAAAAACUAGGUGGAAAACUGUAGUCGAGAAGGGAAAACAUCGCGAAUUUUCCGUGAAAAGAACCAUUCAGGCACGUCGAAAAGCACCAAAUUGAAUAGAAAGGAUACUUUUUUCCUCCCCUUAAAAAAAUGUUGUUCCACAAAAGAGAACUGGCCACGCUGCUGGUCCUGCUGCUAGUGGUAGCCCUUGCCCUGGCCACCUCAGAAGAAAGCCAAACGAGAACCCACAAAGCCAUGAGGGCCUUCGACAGGACGAAAACCUCCUCCCAGCAGAGUGAGGCCACUACCACCGCCGCUAAUGAGGACCAGGUCGUCGAUGAGGACGACGAGGAACAGGAUCAUUAUGAUGAGAACGAUGGCGAUGAUGAUGAGGAGGAGGCUGGCAGCACAGCUGGUCCGACAACACCGGCCACCGGUAAUUAUGUCGCGACUACGCCGAAAAUUGUGAAAUCAACGAAGGUAUUGAGCAGAUACGAGCAAGGUCUCGAAGACUACGAGGAAGCAGCCCAGCGGGUCGAACAGGAGCAACUCCAGGAGCAGAAGGUCUCGCGCCAGCAGCAACUCAGCGGUCUGGCCCGACCGUUCAUGACGCUGUUCAGCGUGCUCGGCAAUGCGCUAUCGUCCGGAAGAUCGAUGCAAGUGGCCACCGGUCCGGAUCCCGCGUGGCUUUUCCGUGGCAUCCUCGGCGGCACCGGCAGGAAGGGCGACGACGGCCAGGUUGGAAAAUCAACAAGCUCAGACGACGACGCUGCAGAUAAUCAAAAUGCCAAUUCGACCGCGUUGCUGGUGCCAGCUGCCGCCAAGGAGGAGGGCCGUUACAUCAAGGGUGACCCGCUGAACGGAUACUACGACUUUGUAAUCUCCGAGGGAUCGUACAAAUUUUGGGCCGCUUUCCAGGUGGCGACAGCUGUGCUCAUCAUCUAUUCCACCUUCGCCGCCAUCUAUUACUCGAAGGUGAGCCCGCUGACGUCGGACUACGACUACAUCGACUACCUGAACGGUGGCCGGUCCUUUGCCGGUGGAAGAUCUACGAUGGUGGGACCUGCCCCGGCGGCAUCUGCCCGCGGUGACCACGGCAGCCUGUCCUGGCAGGACCGAAUGCUGGACAAACCGUGGUUCAACAUGGCGGCCCAGUCCUUUGCGUUCGUGAUGGAAGCCAUCGAGAGGGCGCCCAAGUAGAGUACGGAUUGCGGCGAUGGGACCAAUAUUGGCCGGAUUCUUAGGAAACAUUCGACACUGCUGGCGGCGAAACGGGGACGGGUGUUUUUUGUGAGGCCACGCAGGUUUUGAAUGUUUCGUUGGAAUGGCCAGAGUCGGCAUAUGGAGGACGACUUAUUAGAAAUUUAGGAAGUUAUAUCUGCAUAUUACAUUUGGAACAGUUUAAAAUGUGUUCUGUCGAAGAGGAAGAAGCGCCACGUGUUGCUGGUUGCCGUAUAUUAAAAUAAUUUAGUUCUCAAAAGAACGUAAAUUUGUAAGCUUAAGACAAUAAGUAUCAAGAAA